UAUCAGAUGCAGCUCUACUCCACCACAGAUAAAUAAUAAGUCAGUCCUUCUUUAAUAUAUUUUUUUGUUCCAUCACCCUUUCUUUGAUGCCUGCAUCCUACUUUCUAUCAUCAUUUAGUUCACCAGAAAAUGAAAAGCUGUGCUCAUCUAUUCCAUUUCCAUCUCAUCACUUGUAUUGAUCAUCUCACAAGAUUUCUGUUUAGAGUGGAGUCCAGAUACGAUACUGCGUGCUUUUCAAGUUUUAUGUUUUCUUCUUCUAAAAAUCCCAGUCCCCCAAUUUUCUAGCUAGCAAGUAUCAAAGAACUAGGGGAGUUUCACCCAUGGUGUUCUAGGGAAAUAAUUCGUGGAGAAGGCAAUCCCUGAUCGAAACUUUUGCUGUUAUUUUCUUGGGAACCAAACAGGAACUUUAAGUAUUUGGGUGUGUUUUUGUUGUAGAAGGUCAGUCAACAUGUCUGGGUGUCUUGAAUUCUUAAAGUGGGUGCUUGGUGUAGAAGAACAUGAAGAAGAUCUCCAUGUAGUGCUAGGUUCAAGGUCAACAAGUAAAACUCAUCCUACUGCUUUCCAUCCAUCCCCGUCUCCCAAACCACUCCCAUCAUUCCUUAAACCAGGAUCUUCAUCUUCUAAACCUUCUCCAUCUUUGCCUAAAGCAUCCCCAUCUUCUUCAGGACCAUCUUCAUCAUCCUCUAAACAGCCCCCAUCCUUCAAACCAACCCUGUCUCAGGUUUCCCCAGAUUCAAUUAACGAGCAGACAAAGGUCAGCUACAUGCGGGUUCAAAAGGGUAUGUCACCUGUAUAUGCGAUUCCUAAGGAUAUUGAGGACUUGAUCAAGAGAGACAAGGUGCCUGGAGUUCUUAAUGAACCGCUGUCUCUUUCGACAUACAAGCAUUAUUUUGCAGCACUUCUGUAUGCCGAAGACUUCUACAUUGAGAAAUGGAGUGAAUUUAAAUUGGAGAAGAUUACUCUCAAGUUGCAACGUGCAGAAAUCAUUAAGAAGUCACGCAGGAAUGAAUACCUCAAUGAAACUUAUGAGAAGGAUGAUAAGAUCUUUGUAGAAUUUGAGAUUGACUCUUGUUGUGAGAGACGGCCGUUUCUUUUGUCCAGAGACUUUGCCUUUGCACGACCUUCAGGUCAAAAGACCGAGCCAUGUCAGGGUAUUAUAUAUCGUGUGGAGAAGAGCACUCGUGUAGUGGUUGAAUUUGGUGAAGAUUUUCUUUUGCAGCAUCUUUCAACCUGUAAAUAUGAUGUUAGCUUCUCAUUUAACAGAGUUUGUUUGAAAAGGGCUCACCACGCUAUUGAAGCGGCUUCAGAUCCUUUAUUUAAAAGUUUUCUUUUCCCUGAUGGUGUCUCCAAAAAGAUAUUUCCAAUCUCUACACCUCUCCACUUUUGCAAUCAUAAUCUUGAUGGGUAUCAAAGCUCUGCAGUUCGUGAGAUUUUGAGCUUCCAAGGACCACCGCCUUAUAUUGUUGAAGGUCCACUCUGUUUAAACAAGUUUUCAGAACUAUCAAGGACUGGAUUGGUAAUCCAGGAAGCAGUGCUCCAAAUUUAUCAAAGCUCGUCAAAGCUUCGGAUUCUUAUAUGUGCACCCAUUAACAGAACAUGUGAUAUGCUGAUGCAAAGCUUAAACAAUGACAUUCCAGAGUCAGAUAUGUUUCGAGCAAAUGCUGCUUUUCGAGAGAUAGAUGGGGUGCCUAUUGACAUCCUACCAUCGUGUGCUUACAAAGGGGAGUGUUUUACGUGUCCAUCUCUUCAGGAGCUCCGGAAAUUUAGAGUAAUCUUGUCUACUUUUGUUAGUAGCUUUCGGCUGCGUAAUGAAGGGAUAGCUGCUGGUCAUUUUAGUCAUAUAUUUUUGGUUGAUGCUUCAUCAGCUACUGAGCCAGAAGCAAUGGUGCCUCUGGCGAAUUUGGCUAGUGAGGAGACAGCAGUGAUAGUUACUGGUGCACCAGGAAACCAUUCAGGCUGGGUUCGCUCCAACAUUGCAAGGAAGAAUGGACUAAUGACAUCCUACUUUGAAAGACUUCGCAAUAGCAAGCCAUACCGGAGUUUACUUCCACAGUUUAUCACACAGCUGGGUGAUCCCGAGAAAGAAUCAGUUGGUAAUUAUAGCUAUGCAUCUGUAUCUUAUGACUAAGGUGGUCUUCCAUAUCUGCAACGCCAUGAUACUCUUAACUCAUUGGAUUUCCUGUAAGCUUUCUCAUUGCCUGGUCUUGUGUAUAUAUGAGUGAAAUACGAAGAGAGUUCUUCUGUAAGUUGACUCAAAUUUACCGAUUGUUUGCUUGACUAGAAAAAUUCAAGUAGAAUAAUUUUCUUUCUUGUGGUUUAUUGCUUUCUGUUGUAGUGCUGUUUAUGUGGUGGUUUUGUUUUAAUCACUUAAAAAUUAAGUUCUGUUUUUUAUAUACUUAAAAAGUAGAGAAUUUAAUCUUCAAUCUCAAUCUCUGACACGAACUUGAUUCUAUCCUUUGGCAGUGGUUUCUGCUUUGUGGUAGAAGAAGAAGAAGACAUAGCAGCAGCAGCAGCACAAGAAGAGGUCUAAGAGAAGAAGAAGGUAAUGUGGAUACAAAAACCAUGUUUGUGUUUUGAGGACGAACAAGUUGUGACAACAAAAGUACAAGAGAAGCCACAAAAGGAGGUUUUUUUUGUUGAAUGUUUUUUUAGAUAAGGAAAUGAAUUUGGACACGAAGGGUGUGUGGCUUGUCACUUAUUUAUAUAGUGAUCACUAGUUUACAUGAAA